GAGCAGACAGCAUUCAAAGCGGUCUCACAACCUUGCUGGACAUCGUGACAGUAGUGAAGGCGACUUUAGAAGACUAGCCGUGGCUAAAAAUAACAUCUGACGCGGGAUAUAAAGGCCCCUGACCGUUAGACACGGCUUAUUUCGCCUUCACAACUCUGGCGAGGACUAUAUUCUGGGAUGUGACACAUGUAGAAGGAUCCCUACGUUUCGGAGGAACCUAUUGCCUCCAAAGUUAAAACGAUACCUCAUCAAGACCAGCUACGGGCUAGACGACCUGGCUUCGAUUUCUGGACGUUUGUUUACACCACGAUUUUGAACCCUCUGCCCGCUGGCUACUGAGUCUCUGGGACUAGAGUCUGGAACUGACAAGUCGCCUCCAGCGGCUGCUUCUGAGGGACACCUGCCGUCCUGACGUAGGUUCUUAGGGCCCCAUACACGCACAGUUUGGCCUCCAGUUCGGCCUGCACAGUUGAAGACUGAAAGGCAAAACUGACGUGUGUGGUGCGGCCGGCCGACCAAUCGCUUGGGCUGUUGGUCUGUAGGAAACCCGUCAGUUCUGCCUGCAGGAUGUAGCACGUGACACGCGGAACCUACUUGUGUGACGAUACCGGCAGGCCAAUCGUUCAGUUGCUGCUGCUGUCUCGUGUUCUUCACUACUGUUUCGCGUUGUGGUCAUUUCUCGUGGUAUUUUGAAACUUUGUGCUAUGGCGACAUGGUCGAAGGACUUUUUAGUGGAGUUUAUCGAAGAAUUUCGUGGUCAUCCUUGCAUUUGGAAGGUGAAGAGCAAAGAAUACCACAACCGUGAGAUGAAAAAGAAUGCUUAUUUAGCACUGACGGAAAAAAUGAAAACAAUUGACCCCCAAGCUAACAAGGAAACUGUGUUGAAAAAGAUCAACAAUCUACGAAGCAGUUUCAGGAAGGAACGGAAGAAAGUAUUGAUGGCUAAGAAAUCUGGAAUGAGGAGCGAAGACCUCUAUGUCCCGAAAUUGUGGUACUACAAAAAUUUGUUGUUCCUGGUAGACCAAGAAGAGGCCUUGGACGGGGUUUCAAGUCUUGUUAGUGAUACAGAGGACUUAGAAGAAACAGAACAAGAAAUUACACAAAAGUCAGUCUCUCCAGGUAUUUCAACGCACUCCUCUGUUUCAAACCAAAGUGCAGAACUAAACAUCAGCACUGGUCCAGACAUCUCUUCCUACGGCUGUACAUUCAAACGCAAAAAGAAUCAGAUACUUGUGGCAGUGGGUGAUCGACUGGCUCAAGUGAAAAAUGAGGACAGAUUUGACUUCUUUGCAAAAAAUGUCGCUGCCAAAUUACGAGCAUUAGGAAAUAAUGAACAAAGGAUUUAUGCAGAGAAAUUAAUAAAUGACGCCCUUUUUGAAGCAGAGCUUGGAUCGCUUUCUAGAUACUCUUCAAUCAAUACCGGUACUGGAGCAUACUAUGCUCUUGGCCCUUAGUCAAAUAUCUCUUCGGGUUCCAUCCGCGAUGAUUGCGUGGGUCACUACUAGAGAGGCGGGUCAAUAUUACUUUAAUUCUUUAACUCCUGCCUGGGCUAUAGUAACUGUUAGGCAUGAGAGAUUUUUUUAAUGUGCGUACCAUGACAGUUUAUUUAUCUUCCUGUAUUUAUAAUGUUACCCUCACUUUUCAUAUCCUAUGUAGUAAAAGUAAAAAUGUUCAAACAAACUUGUUUCACUUACUUACCUUGCAAUACUUCCUCAGUACUUUGUAGAUUGCUUUGCAGGUCUCAGGACUCACUCCUCCCAAUGCUUGAGGAGAGAUACGAGUAGAAAAUUUCAGGUCUUCAAGGGUUCUUCCAGUAGCCAGAUAGCGAAGUGUUACUGUCAAUCUUUCAUUGGGUGUGAUCGCUUUUCUCAUGUUCGUAUCUUCUUUUUUUAUGUAUGGCGAAAAAAUACUUAACAGUUCCAGGUAAGUACUUUCAUCCAUACGCAGGUAGUUACUCCAGUCUUUUGGUAAACAUUUAAGGUCUUGAAGCAAAUCCAUGUGAGUGAAAUGAUUUCUUCUUUCUAACCACUGCUUGGUCCCUAACUUGCGUCUGCGUUUCUUUUUUCUUUUUGCAAUACACACGCGAUAGCUGCAU